CGGGCCGGGGCCGCCGCCGCCGGGGGCCGCUGCCGGCUCUGCCCGCUCCUGCCGGCCCCGCCGACCCCUGCCUUGGGACUUACCUCACGYCUCCGCCACACCUCAGGACGUGAUGAACGGGAGCAGCCACUCGCCCACCGCCAUCAACGGGGCUCCGUCCACCCCCAACGGGUUCAGCAAUGGGCCGGCCACCUCCUCCAGCGCCUCCCUGUCCACCCACCAGCUCCCUCCAGCCUGUGGUGCCCGCCAGCUCUCCAAGCUCAAGCGCUUCCUCACCACCCUGCAGCAGUUUGGGAACGACAUCUCCCCCGAGAUCGGGGAGCGCGUGCGCACCCUCGUCCUGGGGCUCGUGAACUCCACCCUCACCAUCGAGGAGUUUCACGCCAAGCUCCAAGAGGCCACCAACUUCCCGCUGCGACCCUUCGUCAUCCCCUUCCUCAAGGCCAACCUGCCCCUGCUGCAGCGGGAGCUGCUGCACUGCGCCCGCAUGGCCAAGCAGACCCCGGCCCAGUACCUGGCCCAGCACGAGCAGCUGCUGCUGGACGCCAACGCCUCCUCUCCCAUCGACUCCUCCGAGCUGCUCCUGGAGGUGGGCGAGAGCGGCAAGAGGAGGACGCCAGACAGGACCAAAGAGAACGGUUUGGACCGAGAACCCCUGCACCCCGAGCACCUCAGCAAGCGGCCGUGCACCAUGAGCCCGGCGCAGCGCUACAGCCCCAGCAACGGGCUGAGCCACGCUCCCAACGGGCUGGGGCACCCCACCRCCGGCCCCCCCCUGCCCCAGCACUACCGCCUGGAGGACAUGGCCAUGGCACACCACUACCGGGACACCUACCGGCACCCCGAGCCCCGCGAGCGCCAGCGCCCCGCCGCCGUGCAUGGGACGCGGCAGGAGGAGGUGAUCGACCACCGGCUCACGGACCGGGAGUGGGCGGAGGAGUGGAAACACCUCAACAAUCUSCUGAACUGCAUCAUGGACAUGGUGGAGAAGACGCGGCGGUCGCUGACGGUGCUGCGGCGGUGCCAGGAGGCCGAUCGCGAGGAGCUCAACCACUGGAUCCGGCGCUACAGCGAYGCCGAGGACAUGAAGAAAGGCAGCCCCCCUUCCGCACGCCCCCACAACUCCUCCGCCGCCGCCGAGGCUCCCCAGUUAGACGCUCACCGGGAAUUCACACCGCGGCCGCUCUCCGGGUACAUGCCUGAGGAGAUCUGGAGGAAGGCUGAAGAAGCCGUGAACGAGGUGAAGCGCCAGGCCAUGUCCGAGCUGCAGAAGGCCGUGUCGGAUGCCGAGCGGAAAGCCCACGAGCUGAUCACRACGGAGCGGGCCAAGAUGGAGCGGGCCCUGGCUGAGGCCAAGCGCCAGGCGUCCGAGGAUGCCCUCACUGUCAUCAAUCAGCAGGAGGACUCGAGCGAGAGCUGCUGGAACUGCGGGCGGAAGGCGAGCGAGACGUGCAGCGGCUGCAACACCGCGCGCUACUGCGGCUCCUUCUGCCAGCACAAGGAUUGGGAGAAGCACCACCACGUCUGCGGGCAGACUCUGCAGGGGCUGCCGGGCCCCGCCGCCCCCGGGCCGGGCCAGCCCGACGGGGUGCCCGCCAUGGCCAGCAGCCCCAGCGAGGCGGGCUCGGUGGCCGCGUCCCGCGCCGGCACUCCGGCCACUCCGGCCCCGCUGGACAGCGCGUCCCGCUGACCGCCGCCGAGAGCCACGGACUGCACCCSGUGCAAUUUCCUCAGCUACCUGACUCGUGUGACCUCCGAAACGACCUCUCUAGCUCUCACAAAUAAUCCUCACGGAUCCUCAAACUGGGCUUUAAGUGGAGUUAAGGCAAAUACCGGUCUCUGUUCUUUCUUCAGUCUUUGUUUUGGCUGUUUUUUUUU